AGCAGGAACACCGGAAGUUACGUCGUUGGCGCGAAUAACACUAACAAAGCUAAUACUUGAAUUUCUCAGAGCUAUUAUCCCUGUUUUAACCUGUUUUCACAUUCAGUUAUGAACUGCUAUAGUGUCUCGUAACUUCCAUAUUUAAUUAUAUGAGCACUUCUGCCCUUCGUACCUUUUUAAUUAUAUAUAAUAUGCUUCUUUGAAUGUUAGCUAACCGGUGACUUGAGUAAACAAAGCUCUGCCUGAAACUGACAGCAGCGUCAAAUAGAUAAACCACGACCAGAUGACAAGUUAGAGAUCACAUCGGUUGCUGUCAAUGAGACUGCCCAUCUGUAUUUUUCUGACUCUAACGAGGAGCUACCAGGUUGGUCAGCAAACUGCUGAAGAUGUCCAAAGCAGAUCAAGGAGGCUUCAUUGUGAAGUUUGUGGAAAGCAAAGGGAAAAAAUCUGAGUUUGCUGCUAAGGCAUACGAGGCUAUUUCAGAGCUGCAGUCUGAGAAGUACUUAAAAACUAUAGAUGAGGAUGCUGUUUUACAAAUGGACAAGAAUGACAGAUCUCUGUUUGUCUUCAGCAGCUUUUCCACCCCGGGCUUUCUGCACUGUAAAAAGCUUGGCUGUCGAGUGGUGAGUCCACUGGUGGUACUGCACUGUCUGCAGCAGCAGCAAUGUGUCCCCAAAGCAGAGAAUCCUGUCUAUAACAUGGCCAUGGCGAACAUCACAAUAUCCUGCACAAGUCUGGAUAAAGCAACACGGACAGAGGUGAUGGAUCUGGUGCAGCUCAUGGGUGGACGGGUCUAUCUUGACCUUAAUGUAUCUGUCACACACCUGAUAGCAGGAGAAGUUGGCAGCAAAAAAUACCUGGUAGCUGCCAGCUUGGGUAAACCAAUCCUGCUGCCCACUUGGGUCAAAACCUGCUGGGAGAAAUCACAAGACAGUCUUUUCAGGUACUCAGAUCUGCCCACAGAUGACUACCUGUGCCCUGUGCUGCGUGGCUGCACUGUUUGUGUGACCGGACUCUCCAGCACGGAGCGUAAAGAAGUGCAGCGCCUGUGUGAGGAGCAUGGAGGCAACUACACUGGUCAGCUCAAAAUGAAUGAGUGCACACACCUCAUUGUCAGUGAACCAACAGGUCAGAAGUACGAGUGUGCACGAAAGUGGAAUGUGUAUUGCGUUUCAUUGCACUGGCUGUUCGACAGCAUAGAGAAGGGAUUUUGUCAGGAUGAGAGCCGAUACACUGUGAACCGCAACACAGCAACGACGACAAGACCGCAUACCUCAACACCGACAGGAACAAGCAAGAAAGAGGAUGGGCCCUCUCUGCUGGGCUUGAGUCAUAUCUCCGUCAAUGCCAGCAUGACAAUAAAUGACACAGCCCUUACAAACGGCACCAUCAGCCGCCUGGAAGCUCCAGACCCCAUAGACAACCUGGACCUCACCCGCUGCCCAGCUGACGAUAUACUGGAUGGCUGUAAGUUGUAUCUUUGCGGCCUGCCGGGAAAGAAGCUGGAGAAGCUGCGGCGUCUUGUGAACGCAGCAGGAGGUCUUCGCUUCAACCAGCCCAGUGAGGAACUCACACAUGUGGUCAUGGGAGAGGUGGACCAGGACCUCAAGAACUUUCUGUCCAAAGCAACACAUAGACCUCAUAUAGUAACAGUGCAGUGGCUGCUGGACAGUUUCAACAAAGGGAGUCUGCUCCAUGAAGAAGGUUACCUUCACCCUGACUGCCUCCCUCCUGCUGUGUCUGUCCCUGCCCGCCACACUUCCUCCUCCCGCCUCUCAGCUGCCCCCCCUGUGGCCAGUCCCAGCACUCCCCGGCAGAGGAAGACAGAUGAAGAUCUGCUCUCACAGUACAUGGAUGAUGACCCUACAGUUGUUGACAUGCACCCUCCAGCUGAGGACGACCGUAGGAGCAGCACAGCUGCAGAGCCUCAGUCUGAACCCUGGCCAGCAAACCAGACCAGAGGAGCAGAGCCUGAAUCCACCCUGCAGGAGGCCAGUGAAGCGGGCCUGUUUUUCGGGAGGUCUUUUCUUCUUGUGGGAUUCGGAGCUGACGCUGAGGCUCAGCUUUCUGUGCUGGUGACAGAAAACGGAGGGAGGGUUCUGGUGGGCCGUACUCGUAUUGUGGCGGACUAUGCAGUGGUCCCUCUGCUGGGCUGCUCAGUGGAGGCCACAGUGGACGAGGUGGUCACUGAUACCUGGCUGGCCAUGUGUGUGGAGAAGGAGUGUGUUCUGCCGCUCUCCUCCAACCCUCUGUUCACUCCUGUUCCUGUGAUGGACGGACGCUUCCCUCUCAAAGAUUGCGUUCUCUCCGUCAGCCAGUUCACCGGAGCAGAGAGGGAGUCUCUGGUGGAGCUGGCCAAGCACCUCGGAGCAAAUGUGCAGGAUUAUUUUGUGCGCCUGGCUAACCAGAAGAAAGGCAUGCUGGCCAGCUCUCACCUGGUGCUGCAGAGCCCUGAAGGCACAAAGUACCAGGCUGCAAAGAAAUGGGGGCUCCCUGCUGUCACCAUGCACUGGAUCCUGGAAUCUGCUCGGAUCGGCCAGAGGGCAGAGGAGGGGCGUUUUCUAGUAGACCUGCCUCCCUCACCAGAGAGGGAGGAGGAGAGUUUCAUUGGUGGUUCCCAGAAGUUAGCGAUGCCUCCUCCUGCACGUCCAUCUCCAGAGAUCCCUCUGCUGGGUUUCCAGAGUGGUAAGGCUGUGACUCCACUGGAUGUGGGUCGCUUUCAGUGCAAAGUGUUCAGAUCCAUGUUGGACGAGAGGAAGCCCAAAGAAGAUGUCAGCACCCCAAAACAAAUCCAGGAGGGCGGCAGAAAGAACCCUCUGCAGAAAGAAGCCUCUCUGCAGCUGGUCACCCCCUCUCGCUUCCUCAGCAGAGACCAGCUCUUCAGGUCCACUUUCAAUGUGAAGGAUGCACUAGGAGAGUUGGAGACUCCAGGGGGGAGAUCCAAACCAGGUGAGAGGGCAGGGACCCCUCUCACCGAUGUCAUCAACAGGAACCUCAAGGGCGCUCUGGCCAAUAGCAGCAGAAAUAAUGUCACCGAUAUGCAAGCUGCAUCUGCCAGCCCCCAACUUAGCAAGACCAUCGAGAAGGAGGUCGUGGAAAAAGAAGCCGCCCCCCUGGCUGGUGUUGUGAUCUGUGUGGGAAAGAAGCUGAGCAAAAUGCAGGGGGAACUCAAUGCUGUGGCUGCCUCUCUCGGAGCUGACUUCAGGUGGGCUUGUGACGACACAGUGACACAUUACAUCUACCAAGGCCGAGUGGGGGACAACACCCGGGAAUACAGAGGAGUGAAGGAGAGAGGGCUGCAUGUGGUCUCUCAGCACUGGCUGCAGGCUUGUGCUGAGGAGCAGAGACGUGUUCCAGAGUCUCUGUACCCUUUCACCUACAACCCAAAGAUGAGCCUCAACCUCAGCCAGGUGCCCAACAGCUCGCAGAGGUCUCCACCUUUAACACGAACACAAGUGAAAGAGAUGGCUGAGGCAGAGGAGGACAAGUGUGAAACCAGUGUGAACCCAGAUGACACGACGACUUCACGCAGAGUAAGUGACGGGAGCGUGGAUCAGGAGGACACGCAGGAUGCUGCAGAUAAAACUGGUAUUUCAGAGACCGUAGAGAUGAGAGAGAACCUGCACCGACAGCUCCAAGAGAUCAUGUCAGCCACCAAGCUAACAACAGGGCGCCGCACCUCAGUCAGACUCAGCAGGAUGGGAUCAGGAGGGGCCGACUCGGGCCCACACACACCUGAGGAGAGCCGGGUUGCACGUACUGGGAACAGACGAACUCUCGAAGCUCUGAGGGUCACCAGAGAAGCAGCAAUGGAUAUGAACACAGAGCCGUCUCAGAGCGAGCAGAUCGUUUGGGAUGACCCCACAGCCAGAGAGGAGAGGGCCAAGCUUGCUGAUAAUCUUCAGUGGCCCGGCAGUCCCUCGCAGCACUCUGAGCCCCUCGCUCCUCCACCUCCCCCCACUGCGGAAAAUGGGGCUCGAUUCAGGGACUCCAUGACAGACUCUGAGCUGGUGGAGAUGGUUGCCUGUGACGUCAUCGAGCAGCACAUGGGCCGGAAAGUUCGACCCCCCCCUCCGACAGAGAGGCGUGAAAGUGACAUCCUUACUCCUGAAGCACCCAGCAUCGCUUUCCCACUCGCCAACCCCGCAGUAGCUCCAGAGCCACAGGAGGAGGAAGAGAAGCAGCCGCCCAGAUUUCAGCUGUCCUCCCUCAGCCCUCAGGAGCGCAUAGACUACAGCCACCUCAUAGAAGAGCUCGGUGGUGUGGUUCUUGACAAGCAGUCGUUUGACCCCAGCUGCUCCCACAUCAUCGUCGGGACUCCUCUGCGUAAUGAAAAGUACUUGGCAGCGAUGGCGGCAGGAAAAUGGAUCUUGCAUCGCUCGUAUCUGGAGGCCUGCCGCUCUGUGGGUCGCUUCUUCCAGGAGGAUGAGUACGAGUGGGGCAGCAGUUCCAUUCUGGAUGCGUUGCCCUCCAUCACCUCCCAGCAGAGGAGACUAGCUUUGGCUGCCAUGCGCUGGAGAAAAGCCCUGCAGGGACGCUCGGAGCAAGAGGGAGCCUUCAGUGGAUGGACAGUCAUGCUGAAUAUCGACCAGAGCAGAGAAUCAGGAUUCAGACGGCUACUGCAGUCUGGCAGGGCUAAGGUCUUGCCGAGUCCCUCCCCGUCCUUGUACAAAGAGGCCACUCACCUGUUCGCAGACUUCAGUCGGCUGAAGCCCGGAGACUUCAGAGUCAACAUAUCGGAGGCUAAUUCUCAAGGAGUCACAUGCAUGAAGCCGGAGUACAUCGCAGACUAUCUCAUGCAGGAGCCAACUCCACCUAUCGAGCUGUACCUUCUGUCUGAAGCUCCGGCCGAACAAACUCCAGAGACCCCGUCACUUAAGCGUAAAGCAGCAGCAGACACCUCUCGCCCGAAAAAGAGCCGUAUUAACUGAAACGUAUUCAAAUGUCAAUGUGUAAAAAAAAAUGAUUGUACAUAAUAUAUUCUUUUUGUUAUGUCUUAAAAAUAAAAUAAAUGUAGCGCUUGUUUUGUCA